AUGUCUGAUCAGCAAAGGCACUACGGCAGCUACGAGCUCCUCCCCGCUCAGCCAGAUGUGCAGUGCCUGGUCUGCACACAGCCUUUCACUCUGGAUGCCGAGGUCACCAACAGCUUCGAAGCUUUAGCCAUAUGCAGGGAGUGCAAGAUGACUGUGCUCAGUGACAGCAACAGGGACGAGACUCCCAGAACUAACCGACAGAGAAGAUGGCAAAGGCAAAGGUCCAGCAGGCUGACAGGGCACGAGCCGCCCACGGAGGAGGACGCGUUCCCGCAGCAGUUCUCCCAGCUGAUCAACUUGGCCAGACAGGGUCAUGAGUCGGAUGCUGAUUCUCCGAUGGUUCCGCCACGCCAGCACGCGUCUUAUAGUUCUACGCCGAGCCGGUCCCAGAGAUGGCACACUUCGGAUGAUGAGAGUGAUGGUCUGAGCUAUGCUGAUUCUGUGUUUGGUGAGAUCGAGUUUGAGUCGAACAUCAGUUUUGGUGAUGAGGGUGGGGAGUCGGAUGCUUCUGUUGAUCGCCACGCCACGAUUGGGAGGGAAAUUGUCAUUCAGCUUGAGAAUGAGAGCUACAUGAACACGGAUACAGAUAUUGAUCCUAUGAAUGCUGGAAUAUACCAGUGGGACUCGGAUGAUCCUGAAGAUGAUGAUGAGGAUGAGCAGUCAGAAGAGUCUGAUUUGGAUGAAGCAGGUGACACCAUGCAGGAGCGCCGGCAGCAAUGGCAUGAUAUCGCCCCAAGUGGAUUGAAUGAGCAGGAAUCUGAAGGUGCUGCGUGGACUUGGAGAACAGCUGGAAGCCAAGGAGUAAGCAGGACUGAUCUGAGAGCCGACAUGGAAGGGCGAGAAAUCAGGAGAGUUUUUAUUGGGAAUCCCGGAGAUUAUGUUGAUGCAAGACAGUUUGAAAUGCUUCUCGAGCAGUUUGCCGAGGAUAACAAUUCCAGAAGAGGAGCUCCACCUGCAGCGGCAUCUUUCAUCUGUGUCUGCAAAGAUGACAUGCCUGUCACAACUGUUGCCAAACAGCUACCAUGCAUGCAUCUAUACCAUUCAUCUUGCAUCUUGCCAUGGCUUAGUUCUAGGAAUACAUGCCCAGUUUGUCGUUACGAGCUUCCUACAGAUGACCCGGAAUAUGAGAGGUCCAAGCAUGCCACAGCCAAUGAGGGAGGUAUCCAUGGGGUGGAGCGUACCCAUCUGCAGGAAGUUGUUGAAGAAACUUAUGAGCCUGAGGUUGAUGGAGGUUCUAAUACAGGUGGCGAUACAAUGGAAGAGACUAAUACACGUGAACAUGCUGUUCCUACUGCACGGCAGCCAAAUGGAGCACAUGGGCGUCAUAGAUGGCUGUUUAUUGCAGCAGCUCCAGUUAUCCCAGACUACCACUACGACACAUGUAGACACAAGAAGAAGUUGGUGGUCUAUGUUCUAAAUAUUCAGUGCAUACCUGCUGAUACCAAAUGUCUGUGUGAUGGUGGCAUGUUUCUGAAACCACGUGCUGGAAGUGAUCUAAACAAUGAGAGAACGUCAGUAGACUCAUUUGUUCCUCUCAUACUUCCCCCUCUAAUGGAGAAACUACUUGAGAUAGUUCUAGUUGUUUCGACCAUACUUCUUGGCUUAGCUCUAGUUUACUUAUAUGAAGUCCUAUGGCUGAGGCUGGAGAAGAUAAGGAAAAAGUUGAGGAGGCAAGGCAUAAACGGUCCUAAACCUACUUUGCUCUAUGGCAACACCCAGGAGAUGAAGAGAAUCCGACAAGAACUCAAGUGUGUGCAGAGGCAAGACAAAGACAUGAACGGCUACAUAUCCACCAUCUUCCCUCAUUUCCUUCUCUGGAGGAAGACAUAUGGGCCCGUGUUCCUUUACUCAACAGGAGUUUUGGAGAUAUUGCAUGUUGCUCAGCCAGAAAUGGUAAAAGACAUGGGCCACUGGACUCCAUCAGAGCUAGGGAAGCCACAGCAUAUAAUGAAAUCACGAAAACCUCUCUUCGGAUUAGGAGGUAGUCAGGAGAUCUAUGUUGAUGGAUACCUGAGGAACUUUUCAUGGAUGUGGAUUGCUAGAGCUUGUUUUGGGAGCAAUUUCAUAGAAGGAAAAGACAUAUUUUGCAAGCUCAGGCAGCUCCAGAAGUUAAUUUCUCAACAGGAUACAUUUGUCGGGCUGUCUGCACUGUGGAAAUACUUGCCUACCAAGAGAAACUGGGAGAUACAAAAGCUGGAUCAAGAAGUCCGGUUACUAAUCCUGGAUCUCUCAAGGGAACACAGCAGCAAAAGCCGCAGCAAUGCUGUCACGCACAUGUCCACAUAUGACAACCUUCUGCAUGCCAUUGUUGAUGGUGCAAACCAGUGCCCAAGCUAUUCCAGUGCCCCUGAAGAUUUCAUCGUCGACAACUGCAAGAACAUCUACUUUGCUGGGCAUGAAACUACAGCGGUCACUGCCACUUGGUGCCUGAUGCUACUUGCUGCACACCCGGACUGGCAGGAACGUGCACGGGCUGAGGCUCUAGAAGUGUGCUGUGGACAGACAGUGCUGGACAUUGACGUCCUUCGUCAGCUGAAAAUACUUACAAUGGUGAUACAAGAGACUCUCCGGCUGUACCCUCCAGCGUCACUAAUCAUGCGUGAAGCCCUGACAGACAUCAGGCUUGGUGGAGUUGACGUCCCUCGUGGCACCAUUAUCCAAGUAGCCAUUUCAAUGCUGCACCUUGACCUCGAAGCCUGGGGUCCAGAUGCUAACGAAUUUCAUCCAGACCGGUUCGCAAAUGGAGCUGCUGCGGCGUGCAAGCCGGCCCACAUGUACAUGCCGUUCGGAUACGGACCAAGACUCUGCACCGGGCAAAACCUGGCAAUGGCAGAGCUGAAGGUUCUUCUUGCACGCCUGCUGAGUAAGUUCUCGUUCUCAUUGUCACCUGGGUACCAACACUCUCCGGUGUUUCGGUUGACCAUUGAGCCAGAGUUUGGCAUGCCCCUUGUGGUGACAAGGCUGCCAUGA